AUGUCUAAAAUUUCCACAGCAGAUUCAAAAAAGGAGCCACCUCUUGUCACUGCAAACACAAUUUUAUAUAUUUUGACAAUUGAUUAUCCAAUUGAAAAAGUUGAUUGUUAUUUGUUUGAUGAUGGGAAAGCUUUUUUAACAUUUGAAGCUCUUGCAGAGACUGCUAGUUUUGCAAGAGUUUGGAUUCCUUUAUUCGCCACCGAUCAGAAAUUCAUUCUCUUCCUCCUCCUUCCGCCGCCGCGAAUCUCGCGCACGUGCAAUUGCAGCAAAAAAAUGCCAGAAAUUCAGUUGGGUGUACACACUAUUAGAUCACAUGGAGUUACAGUCGCAAGGAUACAUAUGCAUGACUGGUUGAUUCUCUUGCUUCUUGUGGUAAUUGAUGCUGUCUUGAAUAUAAUAGAGCCAUUUCACCGUUUUGUUGGAGAGGGAAUGAUGACAGACCUUAGAUACCCACUAAAGGAUAACACUAUUCCCUUUUGGGCAGUUCCGGUAAUAGCAGUAUUACUGCCACUUGUCAUCUUUCUUGUUUACUAUUUCAUUCGAAACGAUGUUUAUGACUUUCACCAUGCCAUAUUGGGCCUUCUAUUUUCCGUACUCAUUACUGCGGUGAUAACUGAUGCUAUCAAAGAUGGUGUUGGACGGCCACGGCCGGAUUUCUUCUGGCGCUGUUUCCCUAAUGGAACAGGGGUGUUUGACAAAGUAACGGGUGAUGUUAAAUGUAAUGGAGAUAGUAGUAUAAUUAAAGAAGGGCACAAAAGUUUUCCGAGCGGCCAUACAUCUUGGUCCUUUGCAGGUCUUGUUUAUCUGUCUUGGUAUCUAUCAGGAAAAGUUAGGGUGUUUGAUCGUAACGGUCACAUUGCAAAGCUCUGUCUUGUUAUCUUACCUAUCCUCAUGGCAGCAUUGAUUGCUGUCUCCCGUGUUGAUGAUUAUUGGCAUCAUUGGACUGAUGUAUUUGCUGGAGGUCUUAUAGGGACGACAAUUGCUUCUUUUUGUUACUUACAAUUCUUUCCACCUCCAUAUGACAGUGAUGGUUGGGGACCCCAUGCAUAUUUCCAGAUGUUAGCAGAAACUCGUAAUGUUCAGCCUCCCGUCAGCAAUGACAGUCAACUUGCACAAUCUGCAGAGCUUCAGGCAGUAUCUGUGUACAUCCCAUCUCAGCAUGAUGGAGAUGCACGAGGCAAUAGUUGGGAUUCAAGCCCCAUGUUAGGUGGUGGGUUAGCACAGAAUGCUAGGAUGCAUUGA